AUGGCCACUCCAGCUAACCAUAACCGUGAAACCUCCCAGCCUACGUGCCAUAACUGCAGCACCUCGACAACACCCCUCUGGCGUCGAGAUGAGUUCGGCGCCGUUCUGUGUAAUGCCUGCGGCUUGUUUUUGAAGUUGCAUAACCGCCCACGACCGAUAUCUCUCAAAACGGAUGUAAUCAAAAGCCGGAACCGAGUCAAGAAUGCGGGCAUGCGGCCAGAUUUGUCCAAGAAGAAGCAGGUCCAACCACAGCCUUUUCCUAAUCCGACGGAUCCGAAUGGACUCGAUGUUCAAAGUACUGCGGCGGCAGCUACGGCCCAAGCCGCGCGAAGAAAAUCCGCAAAUGGUUCCGGAUCUCCCAUUUCGCGCACCGGCACGCCAUCUUUGUACACGGCGACAGGGAUACCGGGAUUCCCAUCGAUACAAGAUCCUUCGCUCGCAACAUCACUUGCGGCGUAUGGAUCUGCUGGUCGAGCGCCGUCGCCCCUGAAUGGAGACCGUCGCGACUCCACCCCACCUUCGACAGAGCAGCUCUUGGCGACGAACUCAAGCCUUCAUACGCGCGUUGGGGAACUGGAACUUAUCAACAAGUUAUACAGUGACCGAGUACAACAGCUGGAGCUUUCCGAUGCCAAUGCAAAGCAUGAACAGGAACUGUCUAGGCACGAGGUCGCCCAGCUUCGCGCCGAUUUAGAGGCUAUUACGAAGGCAGAAGCCCAACUCCGAGAGCAGCUGGAUGACAGCCAUAGACGGGAAAACAGUCUGAAGCGCCGCUUGGAUGAGUUGGAGGUGGAGCUUGAGGCUAAAACAGCGGCUAUUGCUGCGGCCUCUGUUGCCGCCACGGCAGCAGCUGCAACUGCUAUUGUGACCGACGGUACUCCCCCAAAAUCUCCCGAGCCUGAGCUCGAACCACAGCCUGAGCCCGAACCUGAGCCCGAGGUGAGGGACAGCCCUCCAGCGAAGAAGGCAAAACUCUCGGAUGAACCCACCACCGAGGAGCCCGAGUCUUGA